CUGGGAGAGGACUCUCUCUGAUCAUAUUCCUCACUCACUCUCUCCAUCACACAGUGGAAGCUCAAGAAUGACGGUCCACGGGAAGAUGGAGAUAGACUUGGAGAUCAGGGCUCCGGCCGACAGGUUCCACAACGUCUUCAGCUGCCGGCCCCACCACAUCUCGAACAUUUCUACUGAUAAGAUCCAUGGCGUCGAUCUGCACGACGGCAGCUGGGGCAAGGCCGGAUGUGUCAUCAGCUGGAGCUACACCCACGAUGGAGAGACUAAGGUCGCGAAGGAGGUGAUAGAAUCCAUAGACGACGAGAAGAACUCGACGACAUUCAGAGUGAUCGAAGGCGACCUGAUGAAGCUGUACAAGAACUUUGUCCUCAUCGUCCAUGCCACGCCCAAGCAAGGAGGCGGGAGCGUCGUCCACUGGGCGCUGGAGUACGAGAAGCUGAGCGAGGAGGAGACUGAGCCCUACUCGCUGCUCCAGUUCUGCGUCCAUGUCAGCAAGGACAUCGAUCUUCAUCUCAUGGAACAGGCUCAGGCUCAGGCCUAGCAGAAAGUUAAGGAACUGGACUUUUAUAUAUAUGCACCGGUUUGCUCUCUGGUGAGUUUGAUGCUACGUAUGUUUGAACAUGUUUGACGAUGUGUCUCUGUACUGAAAGGAAUAAAGCUUGUGGCUAUGUGUGGUUCUUGUGGUUCUUAUGAGGAGAACUAAUGGAAUGGUCUUCAAACAGAUCGUUGA